AUGUUCCAAUCAGAUUCCGAACAAGACUUUGAAGUCACUCCUCCACAAUGUCCAAUCCAAGAAAGGGGUUGCACUCCAAAUACAGGUGAAGAAAAAGUAGAUAGCAGUAUUGAAGCCAUAGUCAAAGAGAUACAACCAUUAAAUCAAAACAAAUCUGUUCUAAAAAAUAAAAUAAAUCAGAGAAAUCAUGUGAGCAGAACCAUUUACCAAUCACAUUUUCUUGAGCACAUUCUUUUCCUUCUUGGGAAUAGGUGUGUCAAUUGUGAGAGACAUAUGUCUCAUAGCUCUAGAAAGAUAGUUAAUGGACACACAGUCAUUCUGCAAGAGUUCCAAGAAAAUGGAGGUCCAAUUAUUAAUAUCGAUGAAAUUAUCCAAUGUCAAUUUGGACAUCAACCAUUAACUGCAUAUGAAAAAGGUGGAUGGACCCUCAAUUUUCUUAAAGAUACCUUAUCUUUUUAUGGAUUUGAAAUCCAUGAAAAAAAAGUAAAGAAAGGAUGCCACAAAGCAUUAGCCUUGAAAGGAACAUUGAUCACUUCUAUCUUAGUACCAGAAAGAUACAUUACUCUUUUAGUAAAUUCUGGUAUUCCUAUAUUUGAUUCAAGAAUUACGGACCAAGGAAUUGAACAAUUUGCGAGAAAGUUACGUUUUGGUUAUGGGUGUAACCAAAUCCCUUAA